AUGGCUGACCUAAGCCAGCGUUCCAGUCUUGUGAUAGGAGGGGAAAAGGCUUCCAUAAUCCAAGAAGCAAUGGAAGAGUUAAUAGUUGAACUUCGCCUCUUUCUUGAACUUCUGGACCAUGAAUACUUAACAUCAACUGUCAGGGAGAAAAAGGCAGUAAUAACCAACAUUCUGCUGAGGAUACAGUCCUCCAAAGGUUUUGACGUGAAAGGCCAUGCUCAGAAGCCAGAGCCCCCCAGCAGCCUGCCGGCCCCGCCGCAGAUGCCCCUGCCGGAGAUCCCUCAGCCCUGGCUGCCUCCGGACAGUGGGCCUCCACCGUUACCGACGUCCUCACUCCCAGAAGAUUAUUACGAGGAGGCCGUGCCACUGAGCCCUGGAAAAGCUCCAGAGUACAUCACAUCAAACUAUGACUCGGAUGCGAUGAGCAGCUCCUAUGAGUCCUAUGAUGAGGAGGAGGAAGACGGGAAGGGGAAGAAGACCCGGCACCAGUGGCCCUCCGAGGAGGCCUCCAUGGACCUGGUCAAGGAUGCCAAGAUCUGUGCCUUCCUGCUGCGGAAGAAACGCUUCGGCCAGUGGACCAAGUUGCUCUGCGUUAUCAAAGACACCAAACUGCUGUGCUACAAGAGUUCUAAGGACCAGCAACCGCAGAUGGAACUGCCGCUCCAGGGCUGCAAUAUCACGUAUAUCCCGAAAGACAGCAAGAAAAAGAAGCACGAGCUGAAGAUCACUCAGCAAGGCACAGACCCGCUGGUUCUUGCCGUCCAGAGCAAGGAACAGGCUGAGCAGUGGCUGAAGGAAAGCAUACAGGUUGGACCCUAUGAUGACAACAGUGACAGCCAUCGCCGUGUCUGUCAGCUGCUCAAGACACAUUGA